AUGUCGGACGACAUGUCUAUGAUUCCUUACAACGCAGGGCACCUGGAUGUUGUUCUUCGGCACAAUGACUCCGUGGUGGUGUUCGAUCAUGACUCCCAGCAGCUAGUCCUUCGAAAUACUUCCGACUCUGAUUUCGAUGCCGAUGUCAUAGACGAAAACUUUGAACCGGCAAACUGCCCGCUAUGCCACCAACCUGUGCGAAAAAACAGAGGUCGCCAUCACAGCAAUGAAACUGACUUAGACGGGGAAUUCGUUAACCCCAACUACUUUCGUAUGCUCAAGAACAGUCUCCCAAGCUCUACAUCCUCACCUCCCAGCCCUUCUUCUCCACGGCGUAUACUCCCUCAAGCUGCAUAUGCCCGAACUCCAAGUUCCGAAUCGCUUCCUCGAUCAGCACAUGCCCAAGGAAUUUCCUCGGCAGCGUUCAGCCAGGGCUAUUUCAAGAAAUUCUUUGAAAAGGGGGGGAAAGGAGUGGUCUUGCUUGUCAAACACAUGCUGGAUGGGGUUUCCCUCGGUCACUAUGCCUGCAAACGAGUGCCUGUCGGUGAUGAUCACGAAUGGCUAGAGAAGGUACUCGGUGAAGUCCAGCUACUGCAACACCUUUCACACCAGAAUUUGGUAUCUUACCGUCAUGUGUGGCUCGAAAAUGCCAAGCUUAGCCUAUUUGGACCCAGUGUGCCAUGUGCAUUCAUUUUGCAGCAGUACUGCAAUGCUGGUGAUCUUCAUGAGUAUAUCUGUGGUGCUGUACCGACUACUACUACUACUACUGCACAAGAACUUAAGGAGCGUCGUCGCCGUAAAUCGAGAGGAGAGCAGGAAGUUAAAGAGCCGUUUGGCAUUCGCACGCUCCAAUUGGAUGAAAUUUACUCGUUUUUUCGAGACAUCACCUCUGGGCUGCGACAUCUGCAUAUCAAUGGGUACAUCCAUCGAGACCUGAAGCCGAACAACUGUCUUCUUCACAUGACCGGCGACGGUAUCCGUGUCUUGGUGAGCGACUUUGGCGAAGUCCAAUCUCAAGAUGCAAUUCGCAAAUCAACUGGCGCAACAGGAACAAUUUCCUACUGUGCUCCAGAGGUUCUUCAACAAGAUUAUCCAGGUGGCCCAUUUGGAAAUUUCACAUUCAAAUCUGACAUAUUCUCAUUGGGAAUGAUCCUUUAUUUUCUUUGUUUUGGAGGACUACCGUAUGUCCAUGCCAACGUCAUCAACGAAGAAAAAGAAGAUUUAGAUCAGCUGCGUGAGGAGAUCACCCGAUGGGCUGGAUUUAAAAAUGCGCGGUCACUACGGCCCGAUCUCCCGCAGAAGCUAUACACCUUUCUAGAGCGACUUCUCUCGGUAAAUCCCGGUCCUAGACCGACAGCAGAUGAGGUGCUGAACGGCAUCCAGGUCAGCCCCAAUUCUGCUGACAACUUUCGCUUCAGAGCCAGUUCCGCGGGCCCUGAUUUGCCAAGUGGUGGUCUAUUCCAGCCUUUGAAAAAGACUGAACGCACUCUCUCUCCACGCAAGAACUUGAAUCGUGCGCAUCGUAGCCCACAUCGUAACUCAGGCGCUUUCAAAGACAUAGAAUAUGACUCCGAGUUUAUUGAUUCAAAGGAUGGCGCCCCUCCUCAUCCAGAACCAAUCUUCGAAGUCGAAGAGAGAUCUACUCCAAAAGAUAGAGAUCUUGUCGUUCGCCCGGCAUAUACUGCCCCGCCGACCACCUCGCCGAUCGGACCAAGCCUUCUUGACACUCAACCCCUACCUCCCCCACAGCAACUCCUCCCUCCCCCCACCUAG